AUGGACCCUCGAAACAGUGCCCAAGAUAUAAUGCGAUGUGACCUGUGUGAGACUACUAUAGUGCAGAUGCACUGCGAUACGUGCCUCGUCAACCUAUGUAGGGCCUGUGUAGGAGAUCACAUAUCAACUGAUGAAACCAUGGAUCACAAAGUGGUCAAAUUUCAAUCCAGAAAAACGAGCCCUCUCUACCCUAGAUGUGCCUCCCAUGAAAAAGAGCGAUGUGAGAUGUACUGUAGACAUUGUGACAUUCCUGUCUGCCUCACUUGUCUGGCAUCUGAUCAACAUCUUGGUCACAAAUUAUCAAAAAUCCUACAGGUUGUGGGUGAAAGAAAAGAAAUGAUCAAAAAAGAACUGAAUCAAUUAAAUGAUACAAUUUAUCCUACCUAUCUGGACAUUGCAGCUGUUGAACAAAACAGAAUGAGCCUCCCUCAAAAUGUAGCCUGUUUUAGAAAUGAAAAGUUCUGGACUUGUGGAGAUAGUAGCACCAUGGCACUAUACGACUUUAAUGUGGAAGAACAUCUCAAAGAAGGACAACCAAGUCAAUAUCCUAGUCGAAUCGUGCCACUCAAGACAAUCACAACAAAUUCCGGAAACAAGCCAGCAGAUAUAACAGUGUCAACAAGUGGAGAUCUUAUUUAUACUCAUUAUGAGGAUAGAACUGUUAACAUUGUGAAGAAUGAAAAGACAAAUAUAGAGGAGCUAAUCAGAUUACAAAACUGGAAACCCCAGGGUAUCUUUAGUACUUUUUCUGGUGAGCUGCUUAUUAUCAUGGAAAGUUAUGACAAGAACCCAUCCAAACAAACAAAGGUAGCCCGAUACUCUGGCUCCACAGAGAUACAAUCCAUACAGUUUGAUGAUGAAGGUAAUCCUCUAUUCUCAUCUACUGGAUCUGAUAAAUACAUAUGCGAGGAUAGGAACCUGGAUAUCUGUGUGACUGACUGUGGAGCUAAAGCAGUAGUGGUGGUUAAUCAGGCCGGUAAAAUGAGAUUCAGAUACAAUGGACAUAUUUUUGCUCCGAAAGGUAAACCAUUCAAUCCAAAAGGAAUCACUACAGACAGCCAGGGUCACAUACUUUCAUGCGAUGAAACCAAUUGCUGUGUUCACAUCAUAAAUGAGAAUGGACAAUUCCUACGUUACAUACACUGUAAAGAUUUUCAUCCGAAUGGAUUGUGUACAGAUACAGAUGACAAUCUGUUUCUAACUGGUUAUAUAGAAUGUCGGUAUGUAACUUAUAAAAACCAUAUGAAGAAAAUCGAAUACCUGCAUUGA